AUGACCCACGGCGGAACCGACAGCAACACCGGCAGCAGUCGAGGCCAUUUGAGAAAACAGGCCUGGCUGUUGUUGGGUCUGCACUGGGUGGCUGUAAGAGUGUGUGAUCCGGAUGAACCAGAGCUAGCGUCAACUUUCAAUAUUAAAAUAAGUUCUGCAAUGGGUAACUAUGAACAGUUUAUCAAUGAAUCGAAAGACUGGGAUACUUGGAAUCUUUACAACGAAGAUUCCCCGGACUUUCCUGUUCGUAAAAACAAGAUUAGACAUUUUACCUUGAACUUUGGACCGCAGCACCCUGCAGCACACGGAGUGCUGCGACUGAUUCUUGAGCUACAUGGUGAAGAAAUUGUUCGGUCAGAUCCACACGUUGGCCUUUUGCACAGAGGAACGGAAAAACUGAUCGAAUCGAAAACGUAUAUUCAGGCAUUACCGUAUUUUGAUAGACUCGACUAUGUCUCUAUGAUGACCAACGAGCAGGUUUUUUCCCUUGCUGUGGAGAAACUACUUAAUAUUGAGGUGCCGAUUAGAGCAAAGUAUAUUAGAACCAUGUUUGGAGAAAUUACCCGAAUUCUGAACCAUCUCAUGUCCGUUCUAUCGCAUGCUAUGGAUGUGGGAGCGCUGACGCCCUUUCUGUGGGGAUUUGAGGAAAGAGAGAAAUUGAUGGAAUUUUAUGAGCGAGUUUCAGGGGCCCGGUUGCACGCUGCCUACGUGAGACCAGGCGGGGUGUCGCAAGAUCUUCCAUUUGGCUUACUGGAUGAUAUAUACAUGUGGGCUACGCAAUUUGGAGACCGUAUUGAUGAAACAGAGGAGCUCCUUAGCGACAAUCGUAUCUGGAAACAAAGAACGGUUGAUAUUGGAACGGUGACGGCAGAAGACGCAUUGAAUUAUGGUCUAUCGGGUGUCAUGCUUAGAGGAUCGGGCGUUCCAUUCGACAUCAGAAAGUCACAGCCGUACGAUGCCUAUGAGUAUGUGGAUUUCGAUAUCCCUGUUGGGACAAGAGGAGAUUGCUACGAUAGAUACUUGAUAAGAAUGGCUGAGUUUAGACAGUCGCUAAGAAUCAUCGAACAAUGCAUCAACGAUAUGCCAGCAGGUCCUGUGAAGGUUGAGGAUUUCAAAAUUGCCCCUCCAGCCAAGUCGUUGAUGAAAACUGACAUGGAAGCUUUAAUCCAUCACUUCUUGGUGUUCACUAAAGGUUACCAAGUUCCCCCAGGUGAGACGUAUACAGUUAUCGAGGCGCCGAAGGGCGAAAUGGGAGUGUAUGUCGUGAGUGACGGAUCAGAGAGACCAUACAGAUGCAAAAUUCGUGCUCCAGGAUUCUCUCAUUUGGCUGCUUUCGAUCAUAUUUCUAGGGGCCACUUGCUACCCGACGCCGUGGCCAUCAUUGGAACAAUGGAUCUCGUUUUCGGAGAGGUUGACAGAUGA